GGCCCCUCUCAACCCAUGCAACAUCUCCCUCCACCCUCCCCUCGACCAUUUACCUCUCCCACAUACCUUGCGGCAAUCCUGCUUGAAGAAUUUUCCAUCUCUCUCACGUCCAGGAAGCUGACGAGACUAGUCCGUAAAGCCCCUAGUCAUCUAUGGCCACCACUAUUACUGUUUCGAAGCCCCUCUCUCUGACCACCCAUUGCAACGCAGAGACGCUGGUUUCUCGACUCUCGAACCCAUGAGACUGAAUUUGUUCUAUCCGUUAUGCUCAGACACAUCCAUCCGGAUCUAGUUGUCAGGCCAUCACAUCCUGUUCCCCAUGCAUAAACGUGAUGUUCUGAAUGUUUUGUGACAUUACCUCCCAUCCUCCUUCUCCUUGGCAGAAAGUUUCCUCGUUUCUUCCUCUCUGCUCUGAACACCUCUUCUCUUGGAUUUCUCUUGUCUUUUCUUUUGGGAUCUCUGCAAAGUGAAGCCAUCCAACUUUCGAUACUAAUUCGCUGUUUUUUUGGGGGACAGCCAUCGGUGCAGGCAUUGAUUACAUACAGGCUUUUAUCGUUUUUUUACGUUCAUUCAAAUAAUUUUCUUUCGUUUUUUACGAUUACUUUCUUUUGGGAACUUCUGUCUAUUCAGCAGGUCCUGAAUCAUAUUACCCUUUAAUACUACAACGAUACCCACGCGUAAUUUGGAAGGGAAGGAAGACGGGAAGAAAAUUUUCUAAAAAAGACCUCCAAAAAUUACGAUUCCAGGUCGCAACGUUUAAGAUGUCUGAAAAGGCUUAUGAUAGAAUGAGUACGGGGUCGGUGAGGGUUUCGGAGAGAUCAAGAUGGCCACCCUUGACAAGAAUGUUGAUGUCUGGUGAGAUGACGGCGGAAAUGCCGAGGGAAUUGACGAUGAGGGAGAAAUUCGACAGAUGGAUGGUUAACGAGGGAUAUCGACGAUUUUUCGUCUUCGUUUUCGCUUUACUCCAUGUCAUGGUUUUCACAUUCGGAUUUUUGAAUUAUCAGCUCAAGGAUAGUUUCGGUAUUGCACGAAGUACAUUUACCGUCACCUAUGCGAUUGCUAGAUCCGCUGCUUUGACGCUACAUUUCGAUGUGGCUAUGAUUUUGUUCCCGGUUUGUCGUACUUUGAUCUCUUUGGCACGUCAAACUCCUUUGAACGGCAUUGUACAAUUCGAUAAGAAUAUUACUUUCCAUAUGCUCACAGCUUGGUCUAUUGUAUUCUUCUCUUGGGUACACACCAUUGCGCAUUGGAACAACUUUGCUCAAAUUUCAGCAAAGAAUAAUCUCGGUUUUGGUGGUUUCCUCCUUGCCAACUUUGUUAGUGGACCCGGAUGGACUGGAUAUGUUAUGUUGAUUGCUCUCAUGGCUAUGGCUAUUACUUCAUACGAAAAGUAUCGCCGGGCAAACUUCGAACGUUUCUGGUAUACCCAUCACUUUUUCGUCAUCUUCUUUGUAUUCUGGUCCGUCCACGGAGCUUUCUGUAUGAUUCAACCAGAUACCGCACCUUACUGUGUCAGUGUUGGUACAUCGGCUAUUGGUGUCUUCUGGCAAUACUGGAUGUAUGGUGGUUACAUUUACCUCGCUGAACGUAUUGCACGUGAAAUCCGCGGGAAGCAUAAGACCUAUGUUUCGAAAGUUGUUCAACACCCUUCCAACGUUUGCGAAAUUCAAAUCAAGAAAGAGAAUACAAAGACAAGAGCCGGGCAAUAUAUCUUUUUCUGUUGUCCCGAGGUCUCGAUUUAUCAAUAUCAUCCUUUCACUCUCACAUCGGCCCCCGAAGAAGAUUAUAUUUCUAUUCACAUCAGAAUGGUAGGAGAUUUUACUAGAGCUGUUGGAAAAGCCCUUGGAUGUGAAUUCGAUAAGCCAAAGGAUGGCAAGGGAGGAUCUCAAGUUGUUGGUGUUAAUCAAGGCUCACCCGGAUCUGAUGGAGCUGAUUCGGCUAUUCGUCGCAUCUUACCCCGUGUCUACGUUGACGGCCCAUUCGGUUCCGCCUCUGAGGAUGUUUUCAAAUUCGAAGUCGCUAUGCUUUGUGGUGCCGGUAUUGGUGUUACUCCCUUCGCCUCGAUUCUUAAAUCCAUCUGGUACCGCAUGAACUAUCCUCAAAAGAAGACGCGUCUCGGAAAAGUUUAUUUCUUCUGGAUUUGUCGUGAUUUCGGUUCUUUCGAAUGGUUCCGUUCGCUUUUAUUGGCAAUCGAAGCUCAGGAUAUGGACAACAGGAUUGAGAUUCACACGUAUUUGACGGCUAAGAUUAAGGUGGAUGAUGCGACGAACAUCAUGAUUAAUGAUGCCAAUGCGGAUCGUGAUGCAAUUACGGGUUUGAGAGCACCAACCAACUUUGGAAGACCUAAUUGGGAUAUGAUUUUCAAGAGUGUGAGAAAGAUUCACAGUCCCAGUGAAGCGGGUGUGUUCUUCUGUGGUCCAAAAGUGUUGGGUAGUCAGUUGCAUAUCAAGUGUAAUAUGUAUAGUGAGCCUGGAUUCAAUUUCUGCUGGGGCAAAGAAAAUUUCUAAUUGUUACGACAACUUCACGUGCCACUGGGUACGAUUCAAAGGGCAGCUGCAUGCAUUACGAAGCAGCUUGGCUUCGUUUAUUUGACAUCCAUCUUAUAUCCAUAGAUGCAUAGAUAUACCAUUUUUCAUUCAUUUCUGAAAUACCCUCCUUUUUGAGCUAUUUUCUUUCCUUUACGGGUUGUGUGUGAUGGGUUUGGGUUUGAUUUGCAUUGGAGAUGGAAAGGAAGGUGGAGGAGGAGAAGGGAGAGGAUAUGUUUAUUAGAUUGGUUGGUUCAUGAGAAACAUGGAUGGAUGAAUGGACGAUGAUGCGCAGGGCGCAAGAUACCAAACAAUGGAUGAGGAAUAUAUUAUAAUAUAUUUUGAUUGACAUUGAUAUGGCUGUUGUUUUUAUGCAUAGUAUUAGGAUAUAGAGAUGGCAAAGGAUUUAUUUGUAUUAAUAGUAAAAAAUUAUGAUUGCUUUUUUAUAGAGAUGAAGAUUUGAGAUUUGGAUUUUUGAGAUUUCGAGGAGGGAAGUUUAUCAUUUGUUAGUUUACAUAGUUGAUUGUGGGUGGUGAUUUGAAUUAUGGAAAGAUUGA